AUGGCCUCCAAGCUCCCGGCUGCUGCUCUGACUCCUCCACAGUUCUUUGUAAUGCUCAGCUGGCCCAGGUACAGCAAGGUGUCACUCUACCGGCAAAAUGACCCACCUGACCUUCGCCUCGACCUCACAUUCAAAGAUGAGCAGAGGGUUCAGUCGGGUGCCUCUCGUCGGCUGGCUUUCUGUGAGAGGAUAACAUCCACCAUAUCCUGCAUUUACAGCACAACCAGGCCGGCAAACUACUGCAACACUAUGGAUACUGGAGAUUGUGCCUUCCGGAAGAAACGGAGACCAUGGCGCAUGGACUUCUCAUCCUUCGCCUUGGUAAUCGUGGCGCUCGCCCUGUGCCAAACGACCGUGGUUCGGGCAGACCCAGUGGAUGUGUUGCGGGCUCUGCAGGUUCCCUCUCUCCCCGAGGGCGUGAAGAAAGUCCCUGGCUUCUGCACAUCCCGUCGCUCCGGCACCCCCGAUCAUGCUUACCGCAUCACCAAAAAGGCCCAGAUCUCUGCCCCCACCAAGCAGCUGUUUUCAGGUCAGUUCCCAGAGAACUUCUCCAUCAUGGCUCUGGUUAAGGCCCAGGCUGGUCUCCAGGCCUUCCUCCUCUCCAUCUACAGCGAGCAGGGCAUCCAGCAGCUGGGCAUCGAAUUGGGACGCUCACCUGUUUUCCUGUACGAGGACCAGAACGGCAAGCCAGCCCCUGAGGACUACCCACUGUUCAGAGGCGUCAACCUGGCUGAUGGCAAGUGGCACCGCAUCGCUCUCUCUGUUUCAAAGAAAAACGUGACACUGUUGCUGGACUGCAAGAAGAAGAUGACCCGUCCCCUGCCCCGUGGCAACAACGCAGAGGUUGACACCAAUGGCAUCACAGUGUUCGGAGCCCGUCUGCUUGAUGAAGAGGUUUUCCAGGGAGAUAUCCAGCAACUGCUGAUUGCCUCCAACCCCCAGGCUGCCUAUGACUUCUGUGAACACUACAGCCCUGACUGUGACUCCCCACUGCCCAAGACCCAGGCUCAGGACCCCAACACAUACAAGAAGGUGCUCAAUGGAAAAGCAGUCCCGACUAAAUCCACCCCUGUCAAACUGAAACCCAUUCCAGCUAAGCCGGCCAAGACUGGACCAUCCAAACUUGUAGUCAAGUUGCCUAUGCCCACCAAAGCUCCAAAGUCUUCCACAGCCAAGCCAUCCAAAGCCAAGCCCACUGCAGUAGAGAUCCUCUUGUCUAAGAUCAAACCAACAGCAGCAGCUAAAUCUAAACCCACAGCUGCCCCAGCUAAGAACGGCAAUGGUAAACCAGUUGCUGAAAAGAAAGCAAAUGGUGCCGCUAAAGCCAAUAGUAAUGGCAAUGGAAAAGCCGCUGUAGCAAAAACAAAUGGCAAUGGCAAAGCUACAGUUGAUGCCAAGCCUACAGCUCAGGCCAAAGUGAAUGGCAAUGGCAAGGUUGCAAAAAUUGAAACCACUACAAAAGCAAAGACUGAAAAAGUUGUUAAAGUAGAAAAGAUAGAGAAGACUGUGGUCAGUGCAGCUAAAUCAGCUGUCAAAGUAGAAGCUACAAAGGCACCUAAACCCACAAAAGCAUCAAAACCUGAACCUACAAAAAUGGCAAAGACCGUGGCCACCAAAGCUCCAGCAGCAAAAACUCAAGUAAAGGCAGAGGUCAAAGAAGUCAAAGUUAAAACUGUGGUCACCAAGGUCCCUCUGGUCAAAUCACCGGUGAGCAAAGUAGUGAAGAAAGUGGUCGAAAAGGUUUCCAUCCCAAAGAAAGUAGCUCCAACACCUGCCCCUGUUCGGCCUACUCCACCCAGACCCACGAAAUCCAAGGUGCUGGUGGACAUUAAUGUCAAAUCCCAACACAAACCCUUCCCACCCUUUGGCAAGACUGUGCUGAGUGGAACUGCAGUCUCACAGAAGAAAAUUACCAACGGUUAUCAACAGGAUGUAGACACUGAAUAUUCCGAGGCUGGCCACACCCCUACAGAGACUGAUUAUUACUAUGAGGAGACGGUCCCACUGCCAGACGGUGAGGUGAUUGGACAAGAAGAGGUCCCUCCCCAGGUGGAGCCAGAAUUGGUGGGAGAGGAGGUAGAUGCCACCAAGGCAGGCGGUGUGGGCGAGGAGGUCUUCACUGAGGAGUAUGUGACUGGGGACGUGGGCCUUAAGGAAUACGACUAUUCCUACAGGGACUACAAUGAGCCAUUACUGGAGACUGGAGAGGUCGAUGCCAACAUGGGCCCCGUCCUGUCCGCUGUGACAGAUGAGGGAGGCGCUGCCAUCAGAGGCCAGAAAGGAGACAAAGGAGAACCUGCUGUCUUGGAGCCUGGUAUGCUGAUUGAAGGACCUCCAGGACCUGAGGGACCUGCUGGUCCAACUGGCCCCCCUGGCUCUUCUGGACCUCCUGGAUCUGUUGGUGAUCCUGGCGAGAGGGGCCCUCCUGGUAAGGCUGGUCUGCCUGGAGCUGAUGGAGUCCCUGGACCUCCUGGAACCUCAGUCAUGCUGCCUUUCCGUUUUGGUCAGAGUGGAGGAGACAAGGGUCCUGUUGUUUCUGCACAGGAAGCCCAGGCAGCAGCCAUCUUGUCUCAGGCCAGGAUGGCUCUGAAAGGACCUCCUGGACCAAUGGGAUUCACUGGACGCCCUGGACCCCUGGGAAAUCCGGGAAGUUCUGGUCUGAAGGGAGAGAGUGGAGACCCUGGUCCUCAGGGUUCCAGGGGACCCCCAGGUUUGAUGGGACCCCCAGGCAAAGCAGGAAGAAGAGGCCGUGCUGGAGCUGAUGGUGCCAGGGGAAUGCCAGGAGAGACUGGAACUAAGGGCGAUCGUGGUUUUGAUGGCCUUCCUGGUUUGCCCGGUGACAAAGGACACAGGGGUGACUCAGGAGCGAUGGGACCCCCAGGGCCUCAAGGAGAGGAUGGAGAGAGGGGAGAUGACGGAGACAUUGGACCCAGGGGUCUCCCAGGUGAACCAGGACCUCGUGGUUUGCUCGGACCUAAAGGUCCUCCUGGAAUCCCUGGACCUCCUGGUGUAAGAGGAAAUGACGGGCCCCACGGUCCCAAAGGAAACUUGGGUCCUCAAGGAGAACCAGGACCUCCAGGUCAGCAGGGAACCCCAGGAACUCAGGGAAUGCCAGGACCUCAGGGAGCCCUUGGACCUCCAGGAGAGAAAGGUCCAACAGGAAAACCAGGUCUCCCAGGAAUGCCCGGAGCUGACGGUCCUCCUGGUCACCCAGGAAAGGAGGGGCCUACUGGCACCAAAGGAAACCAGGGUCCCAACGGUCCUCAGGGCGCUAUCGGCUAUCCUGGCCCUCGUGGCAUCAAGGGAGGUCAAGGAAUCCGUGGGCUGAAGGGCCACAAGGGAGAGAAGGGAGAAGAUGGUUUCCCUGGAGUUAAGGGAGAUUUUGGUUCCAAGGGAGAGAGGGGUGAGCUUGGAGUAUCAGGGCCCAGAGGAGAGGAUGGUCCAGAGGGGCCAAAGGGUCGUGUCGGACCCCCUGGUGAGAUCGGACCAAUUGGAUUAGUUGGAGAGAAGGGUAAACUUGGUGUACCUGGACUUCCUGGAUACCCUGGAAGACUAGGACCCAAAGGAUCUCUUGGAUUCCCAGGAUUCCCUGGUGCAAACGGCGAGAAGGGAACAAGGGGUCUUAGUGGCAAAUCAGGACCAAGAGGACAAAGAGGACCAACGGGCCCCAGAGGGCAGAGAGGACCGAGGGGCGCGACUGGGAAACCAGGAGCAAAGGGAACUUCAGGAAGUGAUGGCCCUUCUGGUCCUCCUGGAGAGAGGGGAUUGCCCGGGCCUCAGGGAGCCAAUGGUUUCCCCGGACCAAAGGGACCUCCUGGACCACCAGGAAAGGACGGGCUGCCUGGACACCCUGGACAGAGAGGAGAAGUUGGUUUCCAAGGUAAAAUGGGUCCACCUGGGCCUCCUGGAGUGGUUGGACCUCAGGGUCCAUCAGGAGAGACCGGCCCCAUGGGUGAGCGUGGCCACCCCGGACCCCCAGGUCCACCUGGUGAGCAGGGACUUUCUGGUCCUUCAGGGAAGGAGGGCACCAAGGGAGACCCUGGACCCCCCGGGGGCCCCGGUAAAGAUGGGCCUCCAGGACUGAGAGGCUUCCCUGGAGAGAGAGGACUGCCUGGAACCCCUGGAGGUGGAGGACUGAAGGGAAGUGAAGGACCUGCUGGACCUCCUGGACCUGCUGGGUCUCCUGGUGAGAGGGGGCAAGCUGGUACUGCUGGACCUGUUGGACCCCCUGGCAGACCAGGCCCUCAGGGGCCUCCUGGACCCGCUGGAGAGAAGGGAGUUCCUGGUGAGAAAGGCCCUAUCGGCCCAGCAGGUCGUGAUGGGGUACAGGGUCCCGUGGGUUUGCCUGGCCCCGCCGGAUCACCUGGAGUACCUGGAGAGGACGGAGACAAGGGUGAAGUUGGAGAGCCUGGUCAGAAGGGUGCUAAGGGAGGAAAAGGAGAGCAUGGUCCUCCUGGUCCACCCGGGCCAAUGGGUCCUGUCGGUCAGCCUGGUCCUGCUGGUGCUGAUGGAGAGCUUGGACCAAGGGGCCAGCAGGGGCCUUUUGGAGCUAAAGGUGAUGAAGGAUCCAGAGGAUUCCCAGGUGCCCCAGGACCCAUCGGACUGCAGGGAUUGCCAGGACCACCAGGUGAGAAGGGAGAGACAGGAGAUGUUGGACCUCUGGGUCCUCCAGGCCCUCCAGGACCUCGUGGCCCUGCUGGACCCAAUGGUGCUGAUGGUCCCCAAGGUCCUCCUGGUGGUUUGGGUAAUCCUGGACCUCUUGGAGAGAAGGGAGAGCCUGGUGAGGGUGGACCCCCUGGAAUUGGAGGGGAGCCGGGAAAGAAGGGUCCUCGUGGAGAGCGUGGAGAGAAGGGAGAGGCCGGACAACCUGGAACUGCUGGACCUGCUGGAGGAAGAGGAAGACCUGGAGACGACGGACCCAAAGGAAACCCUGGUCCUGUUGGUUUCCCUGGUGAUCCUGGUCCUCCUGGUGAGGUUGGACCCAGAGGUCAAGAUGGUGCCAAGGGAGAGAGAGGAGAAGAUGGUGAAUCAGGAGAAUCUGGUUCCCCUGGACCUCCUGGUGAAAAUGGACCUCCCGGCCCCCCAGGAAAGAGGGGCCCUGCUGGAACAAGAGGACCUGAGGGACGUCAGGGAGAGAAGGGAACUAAGGGAGACCCAGGUGCUGUCGGCCCACCAGGAAAAACUGGCCCUGUGGGACCCCAGGGUGUACCAGGAAAACCAGGAACUGAAGGUCUUAGAGGACUCCCAGGAUCAGUGGGUGAACAAGGAUCUCCAGGACCUUCUGGACAGAAAGGACCACCUGGGCCUCUUGGACCUCCUGGUUUGCCUGGUCUGCGUGGAGACCCUGGUGCCAAGGGAGAGAAGGGACACCCAGGUCUUAUUGGUCUCAUUGGACCCCCUGGAGAGCAGGGAGAGAAGGGAGACAGAGGUCUGCCCGGCCCUCAGGGAUCAUCUGGAUCAAAAGGAGAGACUGGAAUGUCUGGAGGCACUGGACCCAUCGGCCCUGCUGGUCCUCCUGGUCUGCCUGGUCCUCAAGGAGUCAAAGGAGCUAAGGGUUCUUCUGGAGGAGCUGGUCCAAAGGGAGAAAAGGGUGUACAAGGACCUCCAGGACCUCCUGGCCCACCAGGCGAGGUCAUUCAGCCCCUGCCCAUCCAGAGGAGUCCCAAGUCCAAACGUUCCAUCGAUGCCAGCCAGCUGCUCCCCGAGUCCGACCCCGACAUGCUUGCAUCUGAUGCCGCUGGCACUGAGUUCCUGAUGGGCAGUGAAGGCAUGGAGGAGAUCUUUGGCUCUCUCAACUCGCUUCGACAGGAGAUCGAGACCAUGCGUUUCCCUCUUGGCACCCAGGACAGCCCUGCCCGCACCUGCCAAGACCUGCACCUUAGCCAGCCGGACCUCAAAGACGGAGAUUACUGGAUUGACCCCAACCAGGGCUGCUCUAGAGACUCUUUCAAGGUCUUCUGUAAUUUCACUAACGGAGUGGAGACAUGCCUGUACCCCAGCAAGAGCAUCAACACGGUGAAGAUGAGCUCCUGGGACAAAGAGACUCCUGGAUCCUGGUACAGUCAGUUUGCCACUGGCAGUAAGUUCUCCUAUGUGGACUCUAAUGGCGAGCCUGUGGGCGUGGUCCAGUUGGGCUUCCUGCGUCUUCUGAGCGUUCAGGCCCGCCAGAACCUCACCUACCACUGCCACCGCUCAGUUGCCUGGGCUGACCGAAGCGCCAAGAACAGCUAUGACAGGGCACUGCACCUCAAGGGUGCCAACGAUGAGGGGCUGAGCUACGAGACCAACCCUUACAUCAAGGCCUUGGUCGAUGGCUGCUCUUAUCGUAAGGGCUUUGACAGGACAGUCCUGGAGAUCAACACGCCACAGGUGGAGCAUCUUCCUCUGCUGGAUAUCAAGGUGUCAGACUUUGGGGAGAGCAACCAGCAGUUUGGCUUUGAAGUGGGACCUGUCUGUUUCCAAGGCUAAACACACACACACACACACACACACACACACACACCCACACUCUUCAAGCAAGAGCAACA